AUGAGGUUGACUUUGGAUGAGAGAUUGAAAGGAGGUCGUGGUGAGGGGGGAGAGGAGAGGAUAAGAGAUGCGAAGGGGGAGGAGAGAUGCGAAGCGGAUGAGGUUGGAAGAGAUGAGUUAUUCUUAGACAACGAGAAGACUGCGCCACGAAGUUCCUCGAAACCACAGAACCCCCAAAUGGAGACGGACAUCGGUCUCGCUCAUCCAGUGGGGAACCCUGAAGAUGGAUGGCCCUGGGUGACGGCGGUGAACCUCUCUUCCCUUUCGGAAGCCUUCACAAUAUGCGAACAAAAUGAUGAUGGGAGAAAUCGUACACAGCCUACGCAAAGGAAUCUAGGUAGCCAUUAUUCAGGAACCGCGUGCCACUCACCCCCUUACGAGGCUUCUUUCGUUGCUGAUAAGUUCCACACACCCGUGUGCAAGCAACCCCGAACCCUCUUUUUGUGCUUUAGGCUGGAUGCUAAAUUUACGACUACGAUGAUUCUGAACCCAAUGAGAGACCCAUGCAGUGUCCUGAGAACGAGCACCUGCACAGUCAGAAAUUUCAUGAGGAGUGAUGACAAUACUGAUACAUUACCACCAGAAAGUUGCGGUUGCGACGCAAAGGAGCUCUUGUUCUCCUGGAAGAAUCGUGGAGGAUGA